UCGAGCUGAGGCUCUUUAGGUGAUUGACAGGAUGCCAGGUUGUCAGCCUUGGUACCAUGAUAAUAUAACACGAUCCAAAGCUGAGGAUUUACUCUCUAAGGCAGCGAGAGAUGGAAGCUUCCUUAUCCGGGACAGCGAGUCUGUACAGGGAGCGUAUGCCCUCUGUGUCCUGUACCAGAACUGCGUGUACACGUACAGAAUCCUGCCCAACGAUGACAAAAAGCUCUCUGUUCAGGCUUCAGAUGGAGUUCCUAUUAGGGUUUUCACUUUGCUACCGGAGCUGGUGGAGGCUUAUUACAGCCCCAACAUGGGUCUGAUCACGCACCUGCAGUACCCCGUCCAGAGGGAGGAGGACGUAGACGAGGACCAAGAAGCUGCUGAUCAUCCACCAGAGCUUCCCCCCAGGAACUUCACAGCUGACAUGAAGGAGAGUGACUCAAAGAGCAGUGAGCCAACCAACAAGUCCUUAUCAGACAUGUACCUGAUGAGGCUGCAGCACAUGGAUCUGUCAGGGUUGUCUGAAGAACAUCAAAUGGCCAUCCAGGAAUACUUCAGGACCUCCAUCUGUUUAGAUGCUGAACAAGUACAGAACGGUAACUCAAACCUCCCUGGCCUAAAGAAGCUAAUCAUGGCAGUGUGUAAAAAUCUAAACAGYGAAAUUACCAGRAUCACACCAGUGUUGGAGAUCUUUCACAGAACGUUGGAUCAGCAGCUCUCCCCAGGGAUUGGACCUAAACAAGUUUUUGCCAGUUCAAGUCAGUGUGUGUCCUAUAGGCUUGAGCAGCUYACAAAACUUAUCUACUCCAUAGAGGAUAAGGCUAAAUGUUCUGUUUUUGAGUCGGUAGGACAUGASGGAGGCCACAGGAAAUCUCUCAUACCACCUGUUGCAUUUGAGGUUAAACAAGAAUUACUAGGUAUUUCGACAAAAAUGGUCCUGAAGGUGGAUAUUGAAAGUGGGAAACUGUACAUUAAAAAGUCAAAAGAUGGACCUGAAGAUAAAUACUUUGUCCACAAUAAGAUCCUGCAGUUGGUGAAAUCCCAGAAAAUGCACACCAAACUUAUAAUUGUGGUGGAGACUGAGAAGGAGAAGGUUUUACGGAAGGAGUUUGGGUUUGAAGACACAAAGAAAAGAGAAGGCUUCUGUCAGCUGCUUCAACAAAUGAAGAACAAACACUCAGAAAAGCCCGAACCCGACAUGAUCCGGGUGUUUAUUGGCACCUGGAAUAUGGGAAAUGCUGGUCCUCCCCACAACAUUGACUCCUGGUUUCAGUGUAAGGGUCAGGGGAAGACACAGGACGACACAGCAGAUCAUAUCCCACAUGAUGUUUACGUCAUUGGGACCCAGGAAGAUCCACUGGGAGAGAGAGAGUGGUUUGAAACAUUAAAGAGCGUCCUGAGGAACAUCACCAACAUUAGCUUCAAGCAGGUGGCCAUUCACACGCUGUGGAACAUUCGGAUUGUGGUGCUGGCCAAACCGGAGCACGAAAACAGGAUCUCCCAUGUGUUUUCYGACAGCGUGAAGACGGGGAUUGCCAACACUUUGGGAAACAAGGGCGCAGUGGGAGUGUCUUUCAUGUUCAACGGAACGUCUUUUGGCUUUGUCAACAGUCACCUAACAUCUGGAAGUGAGAAGAAGCUCAGACGGAAUCAAAACUACAUCAACAUCCUCCGUCUGCUGAAUCUAGGAGAUAAAAAGCUCAAUCCUUUUGACAUCACUCAUAUGUUCACGCACUUCUUCUGGCUCGGAGACUUGAACUACCGUGUUGAAUUUCCAUCGUCAGAAGCUGAGUACAUUGUGUCAAAGAUCAAACAGCAGCAGUACCAGGAGCUCCUCGAUAAAGACCAGCUCAGCAUGGAGAGGAGCAAUGGAAAGGUCUUCUUGUAUUUUGAUGAAGAGGAUAUCACAUUUCCACCAACAUAUCGCUAUGAGAGAGACACGAGAGAGAAGUAUGCCUACACAAAGGCCAAAGCUACAGGGACCAAAUACAACUUACCUUCAUGGUGCGAUCGUGUCCUGAGGAAGUCCUACCCUCACGUUCAUGUUGUCUGCCAAACUUACGGAUGCACUACGGACAUCAUGACGAGUGACCAUUCACCGGUUUUUGCCUCGUUUGAAGUUGGAGUUUCAUCACAGUUUGUCUCCAAGCAAGGUCCCAACAGUGCUCCUCAGGGUGGAAUCCAGUUCAUGAACUGUGUGGCCGUCUUGGUGACCAAGUCAAAGACCAAGUUCUGCAUCGAAUUCCAUUCCAGCUGCUUGGAGAAAAGGGUGAAGACUUCAGAAGGAGAGAACACAGAACAAUCCAAUGGAUCCAUAAAAGUUUGGUUUGGAAACCAAGUAGAGCUCACCCCCAUCAUUUCUGAUCCGGAGUACCUCUUGGAUCAGCACAUCCUCAUCUGUGUGAAAUCCACCGACUGCGAUGAGUCAUAUGGAACGGGUUGUAUUGCUCUUCGAGCUGCACAGAACAGCUACAAUGAGUUCACCAUCCCCCUGACUCACCACGGCGAGUACACCGGCACUCUGACCGGGGGCAUGCAGUURCGCACCUCUGACUUCAAGCCCACCGAGAAGCUAUACGAUUUCAUCAAAAUCGAAAGAGAUGAUGCUUUUCCCACAAAAGKCAAGGGCGGGGAUCUUAACAAGUCUUCAAACACUCAGGCCCUUGAUAUUUCAAACCCAAGUUACAUGGGUGUGUCAUUCAAGAGCGGUAACACGGCCGAUAAGGGCUGGAGUAACAGAAUCGCACCCCGAAAUGCUCCUACUGGGGGGUCGUCAAGUAAAGAUCAGAAGAAAACAGGGAACGUGGAGGAAAAGUUGUCAGAGAUGUUAGACAAUCCGCUCUACGGCUCAGUGACAAAAUCCCACGGUCAGGCCAAGGACCAGGGCCCCCCGCAGACGCCCGCAGCGGACGGAGACCCAGACCGGCCCCCGCUGCCCGUCCCACGCAACCGCUCCUUCACCUGCUCCGAGAACAAACCUCAACCCUCUGCUGCCGCCGGCCUGCACCCCCCGUCCCAGAAGAAACCGGUGGUGCCCUCGCGCUCGGAAGGUGGGAUGGCRCAAAGCCGACCCCCUUUGCCCAAGCUGCGGCCAGAAGCCCAGAACCCCAAACCCAGAGACUACAGAGACAGCUCUGAGCUCCCCGGCAAACAAAGACUGCCAGCGAGACUCAGUCCACAACCGCCUCACAAAGACAUGCAUCCAGAUCAUCCAAAGGCGGGCCGUCCUGUGAACUGAGACCAGGCUGCAGCUGACAGAACAGCUUCCUGUCUGCAGUUUUAUGAAAACAAAAUCUAUAAAGUCAAACGUUAUUUUCACUUACUGUCUUCUGUAACAUUUAACCACUGUCCUUUAGGAGGGGAAAAUAUCUAGAGCUACCACAUCCUGAAACUUUGUACUGAAAAUGAUAGCUUGUUCAUUUUUGAAGUGAUGUUCUGUGAUCAGUAUCACCGUGGAGCAGAACGUGUGGAGAAAAGAGCAGCGGUCUGCCUCCGGGCUAGGCUAAGGUACACAUAAUGACAAAAAGAAAACAGCUACAAACUAAACAGUGUCAUACCUAAAUGUAGAUGUUUAUUAUUAGCUAAUGUAGCAUUCUUAAAAGUGCCUGUGACAUGCCUAUCCUACAAAUACAAAAAGUCAAAGUAAAGAUCUUUAUUCUUAAGAAAAUUGCCAUAAUCCACAUGAUUUUACACAUAUUGUAAAUUAUUCAAACCCUUAGUAUUAAAUUAUUACCUAUAAAUUAAUGAAUUUUUGGAUUUGGCUCAGCCAAAGUGAAACAGGAA